GGAAAAUCAUCAUAUGACUGUGACAUCUGUAGAGAGUCAUUCUUAAAGAAAGUAAAUUUAGUCAAAACAAACAAAUUCAUACAGGGAAGAAACCUUAUCAGUGUGAUAUCUGUGGUACAUCAUUCUCUGUUGACAGUCACUUAACUCAACACAAACGUAUUCAUACAGGAGAGAAACCAUAUCCCUGUGAUAUCUGUGCUAAAUCAUUUGUCAAUGGCAGUAACUUAAUUCGACACAAACGUAUUCAUAUGGGGGAGAAGCCAUAUCACUGUACUAUCUGUGGUAAAUCAUUCUCUAAUGACAGUCACUUAACUCGACAUAUACGUAUCCAUACAGGAGAAAAACCUUAUCCCUGUGAUAUCUGUGGUGAAUCCUUCUUUGCUGGCAGUAGCUUAACUCGACACAAACGUAUCCAUACGGGAGAGAAACCAUAUCACUGUGAUUUAUGUGGUAAAUCUUUCUCUGAAAACGGUAGCUUAACUCAACACCAACGUAUUCAUACAGGGGAGAAGCCAUAUCACUGUGACAUCUGUGAUAAAUCAUUCUCUAAAAUCACCUGA